AUGAAGAUUCUAGAAGAAGGUGUCAUUGGCUUUGUCUCGAGAGAAGAAUCGGCGAGUAGCAUGAAAGACAUUCGUUAUGAAGUGGUAGUAAGGUCUUAUGGUCAUAAGAUGAAGAUACCAGUUUUCAAGUAUAUAUCUGUCGUACUAGUACUAUUCUUAGGUGUUAAGUGGACUCCUGAUGAAGAUAGUAGCGACCAGGUCUGGGAAUAG